AUGGCAUCAAAUGGCACGGCGCUCGAUUUCGGACACGAUCUGGUCUCCUUCAUGAAGCACCCUGGCCCGGUCUUUGACCACUACCUGCCCCAGACGCUCGAUCCCAAGUUCCUGCGCAGGUACAAGAUCGACCCUCCACAGCGGCCCAAGAACAAGGUGUCGGUGGGCCACGUAAUCUCGCGUGUAGCGCUGCAGCACUUCAUCCAGAUGGUGGUGGCCAUCGUGUUCGUGUGGAUCGUGCCGCGCGAUUUGGAGAGGGAGAUGGAAGACGUGGGCACCAUCCUCAUCAAGCUCAUGAUCGGCGCCUUCAUGCUCGACACCUACCAGUACUGGAUGCAUCGCCUCUUCCACCGCAACAAGUUUCUCUACCGCCACUUCCACUCCGUGCACCACGAGCUCACCGUGCCCUACGCCUUCGGCGCUCUCUACAACCACCCCGUUGAGGGACUCUGCAUGGACACCGUGGGCGGUGGUCUGCCGGUGCUGCUCCUCGACAUGCACCCGUGGACGGCCACCCUCUUCACCAGCUUCGCCACCAUCAAGACCGUGCACGACCACUGCGGGUAUGUGCUCCCGUUCGACCCGCUUCACCUGUGCUUCGCGACGGCUGCGUACCACGACAUCCACCACUGGGGCAAGGGCAUCCGAUACAACUUCUCGCAGCCCUUCUUCACGCUCUGGGACGAGCUGGGCGGCACCAUCUACCCGUACUCCCUCGACGACAUGGUGAGCGACGAGGUCAAGAAAGAGGCGGAGGAGAAGAAGCACCUCGACGCCAAGAGGAAAGCCGAGUAG